GGUAAAGACUAUAUUGUUGAUGGUCACGAUGAUGAUGAUAGUGAUGUUGAUGUCGUGCUGUUGGAAUGAUCAAUGAAAAAAAGGGGGCUACGUGAUCAGUCGGUUCCUAUUGGUCGACAGACAGACAAUCCCGAGGAAGGCCCACCUACCUAGAGAUCAGUUACUGACAGCAGCUCCCGUUCUAGGCGAUAUUUGAAUCAGCUGGGUAAUAGAACCUUGAGGAAACAAGUCAUCUUUGUAAAGAAAAGAGCUCCAGGACCAGGGUCGAGAUGGAUGUGUUCAUGAAAGGGUUGUCCAAAGCUAAAGACGGCAUGGCUAUGGCCGCGGAGAAGACUAAGGAGGGAGCUGCGCUGGCGGCGGAAAAGACCAAGGAAGGCGCCAUGUUUAUCGGCACCAAGGCCAAAGAUGGUGUUGGUUCAGCGAAGGACCUUGCUGGUGGAGCCAUGGGGAAUAUCGCUGCAGCCACCGGCCUGGGGAAGAAGGACGAGUUCCCAUCUGACAUGAACCCUGAGGAGUAUGGGCAGGAGGCCAUGGAAGGAGAGCCACAGGGAGAUCAGCAGGAGGGAGAGACAUAUGAUGAGAACCAGCAGGGCCAGGACUACGAACAAGAAGCAUAAAAGCCAUCACUGCAAAUCUCCAUCCAACCAGCAGCACAAUUUAUUACAACAAAAAGGACAAACACCGAAAGUACCACAAUAAUACAAAUCUAAUCCUGUUGCAAAAAAACAAAAACAAAAAAAAA